GAAAUAAUCAUAAAUGAAUGAAAAAGAUGAUUUGUAUAUGCUCUAGUCUCAAGAUGCCUUUGGAAAAGAGGAUUAUAGACUUACAAACUAAACAGGAUGUACAGAACACUCCAAAUCUUAAUCAUUAUGCUUUGAUUAAGUCAUACUAGGAUCUAGUUAAAUUUUAAAUAUUCCUGACUUAUUAAUGGAUAAGUAUUAAUCAAUUUGGAAGUAAGUUUUGCUUUUAUUUUAUAGAAAAAAAAUCAUAAUAAUUCAAUCUCACUACAAAGGACAUUUACAAAGAAAAAAAUAUAAAAAUAUGAAAAAAUGGGCAAAAUACAGAAAAAAUGUUUAUUUAGAGUUGAUAAUGACAGAAAAAGAUUAUUUAACUGAUUUAAAGUCUAUCAUUCAUAACGUUAUGAUUGCAGCAGAAUAAUUUUAGUUAUUACCAGAAAAUGAGAUAUAAAUAACUUUUAGUAAUCUGAAUUAAAUUUACAAUUUCAAUUAGAUGUUUUAUAGGGAUAUCUAGUGUAAGAUUUAAUAUUUAUUUUAGAAUAAUUUUCUAAUUAUCAUCCUAAUUAAUGUUUCGGAAAUGUAUUGGAAAGGUUUAUUCCUUAUUUUAAAAUUUACUUCAAAUAUUAUUAUGAGUACAAGGAUUAUUAAAUUACGAACUUAAGAUAAGCUUAUCCAGCCUUUGAUGAUCAUUUGAACAAACUAGAACAAGGAAAUUUAUUUAGAGGAUGUGAUUUAAAUUCAUUUUUAAUCAAACCUGUACAAAGACUACCAAAAUACGCCUUAUUAUUAAAAGAUUUAGUUAAACACACUUGGAAAACCCAUCCUGAUUAUGAUAAACUAAUAAAAACCCUUUAGACAUUUAAUUCAGUUACAGGUCAAAUAGACAAAUAAAUGGGGAGGUAAAAUUAUUUAUUUACUUUAAGUAUUCUAAGAAAUUAGGCUCUAUUUGAUUUGCAGAAAAAGUUCUUCGAUGUUUUGUCUGAGAACAUUGUCGAAUCAACUAGAAAUUUUAUUUUAACAGAACCAAUCUACCAAUUAAGACAAGGUCAAGAAGAACUUGUACAGCUUUACUUGUGUAGUGAUUUGAUAGUGCUGUCAAAAAAAACGGAGGUUAGUGAAUAGAGAAUAAAUGAAAGAUUAUUAGAAUAUUGUUAUCUCACUGAAAAAUGCUAUUUAGAAGAUGAAAACAUUGACAAUUUACUAUUGACAGUGUCUAUUUAGGAUAAAGAUGAGAAAUUUAUUUUCCUAUGUUAAGAUUUUGAAUAAAAACAAAGAUUAUCAUAAGAGUUUUUUUAAAUCAUCUUGAUGAGACAAGCAAGUUAUUUCUCUCAAACUAUUUCGAUUUAAUAAGCAUAAAAGAAUCAGCCUAUUAGGGUUUUUGUAACUUCGAUAUCGAGAGGGUAAUCUAGAAUGCCAUUUAAAACCUUUGCUAAAUAUAAUCUUUCAGUAAUAAAAAUCUUAAUUUUAGGUUGUUUUAGAUAAAAAAGAGCACACAACUUGGACUAGACAUAAAAUUUUAUUGAGAAUUUAAAAUGCUCUAAAGAAAUAAUAUAAAAAAGAAUAUUUAGACGAAAGGGAUAAUAAUAUUCUAUUUUAAGAUUACAUUGAGAAAAAACUAAAUAAAUAAAAUAGUGAUGGAAGAAAAGUUAUCGUUGAAACUUUUAUAGAGACUCUUUUAAACUCUUGUUACGUAAAAUCUGCACCAGAAAGGUACCUUGAAUUGCUCGGGCUCCCAUUGGGAUUUUAUUCAAACAAUCAGAAUGUUAAUUAAUCGAAAUCUACAAUAGUAGAUUCGGAAUCAUCAAAAUCAAGUUAGGAUUCUUGAAAUAAAUACACAAUUUUCUAUUUAUA